AUGUAUAUCGCUCCCGUCUCUACAGGCACAUUAUAUUGUGAUACUGACGAGCUUAGGAAUCGCAACCUCUCCCACAGAAGGAGAAGCUCAUUGACUGCUCGUCCUCGGUUCCGCUUCUCUACGCUGCGCGGCUUUCAGCAGCCCGAGCUAAGCAAGAAGCUGAACCAGGUCAUUAAGAACGAGAAUGCUGCGAUUGGUGCUCAUGAGAAGGCUAGUCGCGAGCGCGUGUCUAUUGCAUCCCAGCUGUCCGAAUGGGGUGAAUGGACUGAAGACGAUGCUGUCGCCGAUAUCACCGACAAGUUUGCUGUUCUGAUGGCCGAGAUUGGCGAACAGGAGGAUACAUUCGCUCAGUAUCUCGAGGAAUACCGCAUCGUGCUGAAGCAGAUCCGUGACACGGAGAACUCGGUCCAGCCGUCCCGCGACCAUCGGGCUAAGAUCGCAGAUGAAAUCCAGAGACUCAAGUGGAAGGAGCCACAUAGCCAUAAGAUCGAUACCUUGGAACAGGAGCUAGUCAGAGCGGAGGCUCAAAGUCUCGUUGCUGAGGCGCAGUUGACUAAUGUGACCAGGUCGAAGCUUAAGGAGGCAUUGGACAUCCACACUGCUGCGGUCAUUGAACGAAACGAGAAACAGAUCUUGCUUGCUCGCCAUGCGCGUCGCGUUUUGGAACAACUGGACGACACCCCUGUCGUUCCUGGUGACUCCCCACGCGAGUACGAUCGCACAUCUUCUACGAGACAAAUCCUCGAGGAGGCCGAGAAUGAUCUCCGUUCUUGGGAGAGUACCACCGUGCCUAUCCAGAGUGCGGCAGGGGAGCUCCCGGACAGUACCCUUUUGCCAACUGCCGCCCGUAGAGCUACCAAUGGUCGCGCAUCCUAUGCGGCUGACACAGCGGUCUCGGACUCUGUGCGGGACGUCAAUGGUUCUGCGGAAGCUUCUUACGUCAAUGGCGCUGGUCAUGAGAGAUAUACAAAUGGCACUGGUGUAGAGCAAUAUGCCAAUGGCACUGGCCAGGAGCGAUACGUUAAUGGCUCUGGCCAAGAACGAUAUGUCAACGGCACCGGCCAGGAACGCUAUGCCAAUGGCGCUGGCCAGGAAAGAUAUGUCAAUGGGAACGCUGCGGAGCGACAAGCCAAUGGAACUGGCCGGGAGCAGUAUACUAACGGUACCACAGGGGCCUAUGCCAAUGGAGGCAGUGCGCGAUAUGUCGAAGGAGUCGCGCCGGAGGAGUAUGUGGAUCGAAGUGCCACAGAAGAAUAUGCUGGCCGUUCUCAGGAGCAGAGCGCCACCGGUGUCACUGAAGAGCAAUAUAGCAGCCGUGCUCAAGAGCCGGUCGCCGCCAGUGCUGGCGAGGAGCGAUACCCUGGUCGUCCUCUAGGACAGGUCUUUACCAGCGCUGCCGAUGAGCGGUAUGCCACCGGUGGCACAGAAGGGCCAUCAGUCUCCGCUGUUGAGGAGCAGAUCACUCCUACUGCUGCACAGGACAUAUACUCCAGCCAGACAGGCCGAGAUCAGGUGGCAGAUGGAUCUGUCCGGGAGGAAACUCUGAAAACAGAGGAGGAAGAGGAAGUGCGACGAGCACCAGAUCCACGCCUCUCAUACACCUCACGAGGCUCCGAAGCUCCGCAAAUAAUCAGCCCGGUCCCGGUGCAGGCUCAUCCUGUGGCAGUCCCCAUCUGA